AUGAAACCGAACGACGAAAAGGACGCGCGCGACGACGACGCGGGCGCAGACGACGACGCGGGGAUUCAAAAUCAAAAUCUGGCUGUUGACGACGCGUCGAAGGAUGACGACGCGACGACGAUGAUCGACGCGAAGCGCGCGCGAGAAGAAACCGAGGAAGAGGCGAAAGACGCGCGGGGAAAGGCGAAAUCGCGACACGGGAAGGAACGCGCGGCGAGAGAGAUGGAUUUGCAGACGCUGCCAGAGGCGUUGGGAGAGUGGAAGACGAACGCGGAGCUCGAGUUGGGGAAUUUGUGGACGAGACAGCGCUUGCGAUUGUUGGAUUGGUUCGAGACGAAGUCGGCGAUUAAUAAGUGCAUCGUGUCGUGUCCGGCGUCGGCGUUGAGAGAGAAGAUGCGGGCGUUGAGAGACGACGGGGUGUACGGGAGUUCGAUGAUUCCGUAUUUGCAACUGUUGCGAGACGUCUUCGACGAGACGGAUCAGUACAAGGAUGAUUUGGAUGAGGAAUUGGAUUUUAAUGAUUUUUUCGACGACGACGACGACGAGUCUGAAGAUGACGAAUCUGAAGAUGACGAUUCCGAAGACGACGAAUCUGAAGACUCAGCUGAGGAGAUUCCGGUCGUCUCUCGCGCGCCUCGCGCCGAAGCCGCCGCCGAGCCUCCUCAACGCGCGGGCGCCUCUCGAUCAGCGCCGAGCACUGAAGAGAUGGACGAAAUCAAGAUCAAGUUUAGUAAAUUCACCCAAUUCCUCGGUCAAUACUUCUCCGAGAAGCGUCUCGAGGUGGAGAACGUCGUCGAAAUAGUCGAUCACGCGGCCCGAGCCGGCUUCGACGACCCCCAAGAAGUGAACAAGUUUUUAGAAGUCAUGCAAAAGCAGAACAAGAUCAUGUACGACCAGUCCGAGUCUCAGUGGACGGUGUACAUCUUGUAG